AUGAUAUUCACUUUGUCAUACACUUGUACACCGAGAGAAGUAAAAUGGUUGCUAAAAUUAUCAGAAAUAACUAAAAUCAAGGAGGUUCAAAGCUUCAGCGAGAAUGCCAGGUCUUAUUUAGAAAGUAUAGUUAGUUGCUUCAGCAAAGCUGAUGCUUUGGAAGUAAAAAAGAUUGACAAAGUAACUAACCACGAUGUUAAUGUAGUGGAAUACUUCUUGAAACAGAAAUGUCAAUCCAAUGCUGAGAUUGCUGAGGUACUGGAGUUUUUCCAUUUUGCUUGUACAUCAGAGGAUAUAAAUAAUUUAGCCCAUGCAUUAGCAGUGAAGGAGGCGUUCAACAGUGUCAUAUUUUCUGUGAUGAUUGAGUUGUUGAAUGCAAUAUGCAAAUUAACGAAGCAAAAUGCUCAUAUCUCCAUGUUGUCUCGCACUCAUGGACAGCCUGCUUCACCCACUACUUUGGGAAUGGAGAUGGCAAAUUUUGCUUUCAGACUAAGUGAAGUAGGAAAGACCUUUACAGAAGUGCAAAUAUUGGGCAAGUGUGCUAGAGCUAUUGGAUACUACAAUGCACACAAAGUUGCAUAUCCUAAUAUUGAUUGGCCCACUAUUGUUGUUGAGUUCGUGACCUCUUUUGGGUUAGGUUUCAACCCUUACGUGACACAUAUUGAGCCGGAUGACUAUAUCGCAAAGCUUUUCAAUGUAGUUGUUCAGUCUAAUAACAUCCUAACAGAUUUUAAUCGGGACAUAUGGAGCGAUAUUUCGUUAGGUUAUUUUAAGAAGAUGAUCAAGGCUGGGGAGAUUGGAUCUUCAACUAUGCCUCAUAAAGUUAAUCCUAUUGAUUUUGAGAAUAGUGAGGGCAACUUGUGUUUGGCUAAUGCUAUUUUAUAUGCUCUCAGAUCGAAAUUGCCCAUCUCUCGUAUGCAGAGGGAUUUGACCAAUUCCACUGUUUUGAGGAAUUUGGGUAUUGGAUCUGGGUAUUCUCUCUUGGCAUACAAAAGUGCACUACAAGGAAUCUGGAAGCUUCAGGUAAAUGAGUCUCGUCUCAAUGAAGACCUGGACCAGGUGUGGGAGGUGCUUGCAGAACCACUACAAACAGUUAUGCACAGAUACAAUGUCCCAGAGGCAUAUGAGAAGCUGAAGGAUCUCACCAGAGGAAGAGUUGUCAGCAAGGAGAGAAUUCAAAAGUUUACUAAUUGCUUGCAAUUGCCAGAAGAAGCAAAGAGCGUUCUCUUGAAUUUGACUCCCCAGUCAUACAUUAGAGAAGUAGAGAAGUUGUCUAAGUCUAUCGACGAUCAUGUGGAUUUGGUUAAUGGGUUCAGGCUUUUAUAG